AUGUCAAUGGCAUUUGCAAAAAAUCUCUCUAUACCCUUGUUGUUAUGGGUAUUUAUUGGCACUGCGGCUGCGUGGGAUUUGCGAUUUGUACUGGACUACUUUAGAAGACGAGACAUCAGACAUCUAUGUCUUCUGCAUUGCACCUCACCUCACGACGAAUUAACUCUAGGUCACACAUUCAUUGAUAACAAUGUCAGAAUAUCAACGUGCAGGAUUAAUAAAGAUAUAACGAAAAUAGAAAGUGUAUUACGAAAACAGUCUGUUCCCGUUGGUGUGUUAUUGAACGGAUCGUGUGAUAACACAUAUAAUAUACUAGAUAAGUCAUCGAAGAGCGGUCUGUUCGACGCGAUGCAUAUUUGGCUCAUUUUAGAGCACACCAGUGCUACACGGAACAUGACUAUUGAUGAUAUGAUGCAACAAAUGAAUUUGAGUGUCGAUUCCGAUAUUGCAUUAGCUACUUUUACGGGAAGCCGUUACGAGCUAACGGAUAUAUUUAACUUUGGCAAGAUACAGGGAAACGAGUUGGAGAGAACAUUCUUGGGGACUUGGGACCAGACGAACGGUCUGAAGAUUCCUUCGAGAUCAUUCAAACUUUAUGAUCGCUGGGAUUUCCACAAUCUGACGUUGCGAGUUGUCACUGUGGUCGUGGGUCAGCCAAAAACAUUUGAGCCAGAAAUGCUUACAAGCUUAUCUUAUACAAAGGGAAUAUCAGUUUUUACAAAAACAGCUGCGAUCCUACUUGACGUUUUAAAGGAAAAACACAACUUUAGGUUCAACUAUACUGUAGCUGGAAGAUGGAUCGGACCUCCACACAAAAAUGCUUCAUUAGCAGUGACGAAUUCGCUGUACUGGGGUCAACAAGAUCUCUCCUGCACUUCAGCCAGAAUCACGUCGGAGCGACUUCAAUGGGUGGACAUUUUUAACCCACCUGUCACACAACUAGAAUCCCGAUUUUUCUACCUUAUACCAAAUAAAGGCAUAGGUAACUAUGAGAACAAAUUUCUGACUCCUCUCUCCCCAGCGGUUUGGUGGUGCUCUGUGGGUGCUGGUAUCUUUUGUGUUCUGGUGCUGGCUAUAGCAGCUGUUUUGGAACGCAGACCUAGGCCAGCGAUCUAUGCUGUGCUUAGUGUACUGGGGGCGGUGUGUCAACAGGGUUACGAAGAGGGGACGGGAAUCGUUGAACACCGAUAUUCGUGUCAAGGUCAACGUGUGACUCUAUUAGUCAUAGGCUUGACAAGUAUGCUACUAUACAACUACUAUACAAGUAGCGUAGUAUCUUGGCUUCUUAGUGCCGCGCCACCCACUCUGUCAGAUAUAGAUGGACUUAUUAGGAGUGACUUUGAGCUUAUUUUUGAGGAUAUAGGAUACACAACAGGCUGGUUUGAGGACGCAGGUUUUUUUUACUACAGAGGAUAUAAAGACCCCAAAGAGGAUGAGCUGAGAGAAAAGGUGAGAAAUACAAAGCGUACCAAGGACUUGUACCAAACUGUCGAGUAUGGAAUUGAGCUCAUUCGCACAGGAGAUUACGCAUAUCACACAGAACCCUACUCCGCGUAUCAAACAAUCUCACGUACAUUUGUCGACUCAGAAUUGUGCCGACUGGGAUCAUUACCCAUGAUAUAUCCCUCUCCUGUCUAUAUCAUGACACAGAAGAGAAGCUCUUAUAAAGAGUUCUUCAAUUGGAGUUUAAUGCGCCUUAGCGAGAGGGGUCAUAUAAAAGCGGCUCAGGCGCGAGUGGCCGGGUUCAUAGCGACAUGCUCGGGCAGCACACCACGGGCUCUUGCGCUCGGGCAGGCAGCUCCAGCUUUUGGUCUACUGGCAUCUAUCACUAUAGUAGCAGUUUUCAUAAUGCUUUUGGAGAUUCUGUGGCAUCGGUGGGCAUACAAAAACAGAAAGGAUUUGUCAUUUCACAAAACGCGGAACGAGCAGAGAAAAACAAUUUCUCAAAGACCAUAA